AUGGUGGUACGAAUUAAACUCACCAUUCCAAUCUUCGAUGUGUCAUUUGUUGCAGUCCAUUUCACCGUUCGUUUUUGUCAGAAUGUUCUCAAUGGAUCUUUCCACACGGAUACCGAUUCGUUUCAUUCGUACGAGGGUGAGGAUUCCAGUCCGGUGAAAUCGGUGCUAAGUCCCGGCGAAUCGGAAUCCCCAGCCUACGAGGACAGUCCGAAUACAAGUGGUUCUGGUACACCACGUGUGAUUCGUCGUGUCGGUCCUAUUUCCGCGGUUUAUGCCCCAGACAAAGAUGCACGCACCGCCAUGCUUGAACGUAUGAACUCUCCACCACCCCCACCGGCUCGUUUGCCCGGGGAACGGGAAAUUAUCGUUGGUUCAACUCCAGAAAGUGGCCGUAGUAGCGCUAUGGGGACCACUUUUUCAACGGAGUUCUUCACACCAAAACCGCCUAGCACCACUGAGGACAAUGACAUAUCGGAUCGGGACAUGUCUUCUGAUUUGGAGGGGCAUACUUCACCAGGUAGGACAGCCUCUACCGGACAAGAGACCCUAUUGGCUGAACUAAAGGAUGCGGAUGAACAGUCUGUUCGUCCUUCAACUCCGAUUAGCCACGAAUCCAGCAUGAACAAUCUUUCUUCCCCUGAAGCCAAUCACAAUAUUUCAGAUUUGGAAAAAAAUACCACUGCUUCCCUUUCCCCCGUCAAUGGUACUGCUCAACCUGACUCUCAUGGUGAUACCAGUGAUUUGCCAACCAGUCCGGCAAUUCAGCCGGUGCCCGCUUCAACUGUGGCAUCUGGGCUUCCGAUUCAGAAGCAAGCCGGAAUUGAACAGAAUAACCAUCAUCAUGAGUCGGACCUCUUGCCAGUGUCCAAUGAUAGACUGUCUACUAUGGAUGAGGUACCAAAAGCCGAACCAGAUUCGUCUCAAAUCGUUGAUCCCGUCACGUCUCACCGAGCACAGAGUGCGUUUCGCUCGGUCGCUCCUCGAGCUGAAAUCCCAGAGUCAGUCACGUCUCCUACGUUAUCGUCAGAUGAUAAGCCGAUAACCCAACCGGUUGCCUCAUCGACCGGAUCUCCUAAUGACACGGUAGUCACUACGCCGAUCAAUCCCCAUCAUUCACUGCAAGCCUACUCCACUGUCCCACUGUUAAGUAUGGUUGACCCCAUUGAAGAAGACGAAUCAGACGUGCAUCACGAAUCGUUUGCAAUACAAUCAACCGCAACCAAACAACCGAACCAUGAAACCACGAACCAUUUCAAUGUAAACUCGACCGACCCGUCUUCCCAGACAGUCGAACAGAUCCAGGUCUUACCAACCAGACACACUGGUGCACUGCCACCCGAUUUGGUUUCAUUGGGACAGCAGGAGACUACAGAACCGAGCAGUGAGUUACAAUCAGUGGUGAAUCAUCCGAUCGGAAGCAAACUGACCCCAGUCACCUCGAGUGCAUCGGAAUCCGUCACACAAAACAAUCUGAUUCCGCAGAGGCCUACUCAAGUUGGGGUUGCACCCACCGAUGAAAUAUCCUCGGGGAUCGUUACCAAUACCGAAACAUUUUUCCCGAACGAUGGCGAUAACGAAAAAAGCAAACAAGAAGCGGAUGCGGAAGCAACGAUUGUGAGCAACACCUCGUUCACCCAGCUGCCUGACGGUGAUGGUCCCACUUCCAGUCAUCGUCGAAUGUCCGCGUCGGAAGAGGAACCGAUCAGUCCAAUUGCCAUCGAUCUACAAGUAAAGGUGGAUGCCAAACUGGAUCCAUCCACACCGGAAGAGGUGGAUAAGUCAUCAAAACUGGUUUUCGGGAAUUUCAUUGCUGAACGUUACAAAUUGGAGGUGAACGCCUCAGCUACGGCUUCGGUUCAUGGCACGACAGUCUCAUUGGCUAACGCCUCGGCCUCCGUGAAUAUCUCCGUUCCGUCCACAUCACAAACCACAACCGAGGCUGAUCAUCGUUUGGUGGAGGACGACGUGUUUGGGACAGAUCUGGCUUCAAUCCCGCGCUCCGGUCCAGACAGAAUCAAUGAAUUGUCUCAGGCCAUAAAUGUGUGUGAUCUGGAUUUCAGCAUGGAAAUGGCGGUCGCCAGAAAUUUGGCCCAAAUUGGUGACGAGAUCAAUCGUCGUUACGGUCCACGUUUGGAUCGAAUGAUCAAACUCCUACCGGUUAACGAAUGUCCCAUGGGACUGUUCUCCCGUGUGGCUCUGGCCCUUUUCAAUCGUGGCCCGACUAAUUGGGGUCAAAUUGUCACCCUGUUUUACUUUGGUUAUCGACUGGUCAUUCGUCGUGUUCGGUCGGACGUGGCCAACGCGUUUCUCCAAGUGUACAAUUGUCUGAUCAAUUUUUGUCGACAGUGCAAUAUCUUCCGAUGGAUUGCACAGCAAGGUGGCUGGGUAAGUCACGCGAGCGGCGAGGCUAUCGCGUAA